CUCUUUUAAUUUUUGUUGCCACAAUUUUUAAUUUCGGUUCGUUCUUGAUGUAAUAUAUAUCACAUAUUUAUUUAGCUUAAUAGUUUAUGCUUAUUAUGCCUACAACAUUUAAUACGUAAUGUAAUAAUUAAAAUCUUACAUAAUAAAGUUACUUAUUUAAUGUUAUGUUUACAAAAACUAAAAUAUUCAGACAGGCAUUUGUAUAAAAUAAAAGGUGGCAGCACAUUGGGGUGUGUUAUAUUGAUUUUCUUAUGCUCUCUUGGGUAUAUAUUUUAAUGUCACUGAAUCAAUAACAGAAUUUUUGCUGUAACGACCUUUUGACCAGACAGUGCCGGUUGCUUUUAGUCGCUGUUUUUAAAAAGUAAUAUUUGAUAGAAGUGAUGUGAUUUAAAUCCAGUUGUAUUUGCUCUUGAGAGCAAUAAAUAUGGUAGAGGUGACUAACAAUGCGAUGGAACAAGACAUGGCUGGGGCCCAAGACACUAUUUAUCUUUGUAAUUUUCGCGUCUCAGUUGACGGCGAAUGGCUCUGUUUAAAAGAACUGCAAGAUGUUGAAUUUAACAUGCAAAACUAUUCUCCACCAUCACCUGACGUUCCAAUACACUCUUUUGGUAGAGAUCCUGUGGCUAUAGAAAGAAGCAAUCUCCUGAAUAUCAGUAAAUUGGUAGUGAAGGAACUGAUAGAACAGUCUCUUAGAUAUGGAAGGAUGCUUGAUUCUGACCAUAUGCCCUUGCAACACUUUUUUAUCGUUUUAGAACAUGUUUUAAGGCAUGGACUACGGUUAAAAAAGGGUCUGUUGGGUCCUAGAAAGGAACUUUGGGACAUUUUACAACUGGUAGAGAAAUAUGCUCCUGAAGCACAAGACAUUACUUCUAGUGUUCGCGAUUUACCAACAGUACGAACACACAUGGGUCGCGCCCGCGCCUGGCUCAGACUCGCUCUUAUGCAGAAGAAACUUGCUGAUUAUCUGAAGGUGUUGAUCGAUCAUAAGGACGAAACGCUGGUCGAAUUCUACGAACCUGACGCGUUGAUGUUAAGUGACGAAGUAAUCAUCAUUAUUGGAUUAUUGGUUGGACUGAACGUUAUUGAUUGCAAUUUAUGUGUAAAAGAAGAAGAUUUAGAUUGUCCGCAAGGGGUUAUUGAUUUUUCGUUGUACUUAAGAUCUUCAAAUCAGGUAACAGAAGAAGAAAAUAAUGAGGAACAGGGUGACGAUAAUAUGAUAACUGUUCUGGACCAAAAAAGUUAUAUGGAAGAACUUAACAGGCAUUUAAAUGCAACUGUGACAAAUCUUCAGUCAAAAGUGGAAUCUUUGACCACAGAAAACGCUCUUAUAAAAGAAGAUCUUUCAAUUACAAAGAAUAGUUUGUACAAUAUUUACGAAGAAAACCGAUUACUGAGGAAGGAACUUGGAAAAGAAGAUCCUGGUGAUAAAAAACAGAAUAGUAUGAAAUCGAAACGGGAUUCCAGCAGUAGUUCUGAUAACAACGAGGCAGGAGCAAGAAACGACACUGUCGUAAUCGAAGAUUUAAAGAAACAACUUGAAGAGGAACACAAUGCCAGGCAAGAAGCAGAAAAAGAACUGGAUUUACAGAUGUGUCUUAAGGCUGAAAUGGAAGUGGCAAUGAAGCUUUUGGAAAAGGAUAUUCAUGAAAAACAAGACACAAUUAUUUCUCUACGAAGACAACUUGAAGAGAUCAAACUCAUUAAUUUAGAGAUGUACAAAAAACUGCAAGAAUGCGAAGUGGAACUGACUCAAAAGGGCGAGAUGGUCAGUCGCCUUCAGGCCAAAGCCGGUCAAAUCGGCAAAAUCCUGAACAAUCUUGAAAAGUACAAUCAUUUAAUAAAAGAAGCCGAACACGACAAGAAGCACUGCGAUCGAAAAGUUCUUGAUCGCAAACGAAUGUCUUUGCCCAAGAGCCUUUCGAAAGACAGUUGCUUGAAAAUUGUACAUCAACAGAAAAGCUCAUUGCCGAACGAACUUAACGAGAAUGAACCUAACACUAGCAGCGUUAAUACGGGUAACAAUGAAAACGCGACAAAUUUAAAUCAAAUAAAAGAAAUGGAAAGUAGUGUUAACGAAAACGUUGAUGAUACUGGGAAAAUAGUCACGUCUGAUAGCAAAGACGACGUUAGCGAUUUUGAAAUCGUCAAUGCUGGUAACAGCUCUUCUGUAACGCCGGAAGUUGAGGAAAAAAAUAUUCGCGAUAAAAAAAUUUAAAUGUCUAUACUACUAAAAAAAUAUUCUGGUCUUGUAUCGCUUGUUCAAAAAUAAUAAAUUUCAGUGUUAUUCUUCGGAAAUUUAUCAUUAAAAAAGUACGAUAUUGAGCUUACAAUGGAUUUCAACUAAGGUUUCCAAAUCCCGGGACCGAAAGAUAUUUGGGACGGGUAUCAAAUUUUAUGUCCCAGCAUUUGUCCUGAAAAUCUCGAAAAUGGUCCCGAAAUCGAUAUACAUAUAAUCAAAGUACGUGGGUGGCACUCAUUGCUCAAAAAAUAUGAGAUAUUGAACAUUAUUUGAUACUAAAAUAAGACUUUCGGUAAACCCUCUAAUUCCUUUAGACAAUUUACCAGUUUUGUUGCGUUGACAGAUUACUCGCUUAGUGGGGAUGUAUUCAUGACGUGAUCAUAAAUUCGGGAUAUUUAAGAUUUUGGGACUAUUUCUAAAAUCCUGGGACCAUAUUUUUUGGACAAAAUCUUGGGACUGGAAACCCUAAUUUCAACAGUUUUAUGUAGUUCCUGCUUACUUUGAUAACAUGCUUUAAACUCAUUGUAUCAUUAGUGCUAAUAUUUAACACCACUUCCCUUGUGACAUGAGACCUCCUUUUAUUUAAUCUGUCUAACAGUUCGUAUUCAGUAUUGCUAAUUUUUUUAUUUUUGUGUUUUAUUUAUUAAUAAUAACAAACAAAUGUUUUCAAAGUGUAACUUUCAUAAAUAACUACAAACUGUUUCUUUUAUGUAAUUGGAAAUAGAUUCAAAUUAAUUACAUGUUGUUUGCGAUGAUUAUGGUGCUGUUCACUAUUUAUUAUAACGUAAUUAUGAUAUUGUUUAAAGAAGUAUGAACUUCUGUGCUGGUUUAUAUUUUAAUAUUUAAUUUGUUGGCUCUACGGUUUCUUAAAUGUCUUGUUUAUUGCGUUUUUUCGCGAAUGAAAAGAAUCUUUUAUUUUAUAUCAUCUAAUUAUUAAAUUGAAACUAAUUAUUGUAAUUUGUUAAUGGGAUCUAAAAAGUGAUAAAACAUUCCGGUAUUAAUUUAAUUGUGGUGUUUUUUUAUCCGUAUGAAACACUGUUAUAUGCAGUAAACUUUUAUAACAUUAUGGUAUGCUAACUAAUCGUAAAGUGGAAAAGAUUUGAAUAAAAGCAUUAUGGAGCCAAUAAAUUGAUUAAAUAUUAAAAUGCAUUGAAUUUAUUGUAUGCAAUGUAACAGAAAAUGUCAUAUAUAA